AGAGAUUGGAGAUGACAGGAGACUUGCGUCAAUCAUUGAGCAAUCACCUUUUUUUGUUUCAUGAUCUUCGGCUCAUUCUCUCAUGUGUAGUGAUGUUCUGCAGUAUGCGUUUUUAGUUGUGUUCCGUGGUUUGGAGUGAAGAAGACGAAAUGAAUACAAUAACCCAAAGCUGUGUCCUAUUAUUGUGGAUGCAUACGUUGACCUUUGUGAAAUGUCAAGACUGUACACUUGAAGAUUUUCAGAAUGGACCCCUGUACGAUUCAAAUUUUGACACAACGAAUAUGGAAAACAAAUACCAAAGUGGGCAGCAAGUGAGAGUGGGCUGCACUGUUGGGCACAGUGGAUUUUUCAGACUCAUCUGUGCUGAUGGAACAUGGCAGUCUCGUGGUACCAAAUGUCAACCAAAACCGUGUGGUCAUCCUGGUGAAGCCCAGUUUGCAAAUUUCCAUUUGGAGCAAGGCAAUGAUUUCGUCUUUGGCUCACAAGUCAAAUAUACUUGCCACCAAGGUUAUCAAAUGGUCAGUCGGAUUGACUACCGACGCUGCAUGGCAGAAGGGUGGAGUGGUACGAUUCCAGUCUGUGAAGCAAUACAAUGCCCUUUCAUCUUCGUGGAUGACAAUGUUGAUGUGGUCGGAGACCUGGAAGAAGCUAACUUUGGCAACGUGGUUCGUUUUAGUUGCAAGAAUAGUUUUGAAAUCCUAACUGGUUCAACAGAGAUGUUGUGUGAUGAAAAUGGAGAGUGGACUGGUCGUCCUCCAAAAUGUGAAGCGGUGAAAUGCACAGUGCCAUUGAUUGAAAAUGGUUUCGUGCCUGGGAAAGUCAAAGAGUACAAAGAACACGAGAUAUUGUCUUAUCAAUGUAAUCCAAACUACAAGCGAGCUGAGCACAGGCCUUCAUCAUGCGAAAAACUUGGGAUCAGAGCAGAGUGGAGCCCCACGCCUGCAUGUGAAUUGAUAAAAUGUAAAGUAUCACUGCCAGCCAUUAGAGGAACCAGCUACGAACCUGCUUACACGUCCUCAUUUUCACCUGGUGACACAUUAACUGUCACAUGUGGAGAGAGUUACUACAUUUCAACUGUCCAGCAGACCUCAGCAGUGUCAACAUGCAAAGAUGAUGGAAAAUGGACCAUUAGACCAAUAUGUCUUGAGGUUACAUGCAGUAACCAAAGAGACCCAAGUGUAUAUCGAUGGGAUAUCUAUUGGGGGCAGAGAGUAAAAUUGGGUACAUCUGCAAACUUUUACUGUAGGCAAGGAUACAGGAGAACAAAUGGCUUGUCACAGGUCACAUGCACAAGAGAUGGAUGGAUACCAAAUCCACCCUGCCAAGAAAUAACAUGUGACAGUAAGGAUAUCCACAGUGCAACCAUUGCUAAUAAUGGCAAGCAAAUAUACAAAAAUUACGAAACAGCCUACUUUACCUGUAAAGAUUCUCGUGAACAGUUUGCGCUAACUUGCACAGAUAAUGGUUGGCACGGAACAGUAUAUUGCCCAGGACACCAAUGUAAACGACUUGACCUCAGCAAUGCAGAAAUUGUCCGCAAUAACAGGCCCUAUUACGACGAGGGUGACCGUGUCCGAUAUGCAUGUUUGAAUGAUGCUGAUAGACAAUUCAGUGUUACUUGUGAAUUUGGUGGCUGGACUGGAAUUCAGAACUGUUCAGCAUGUCUACAACCUGAUGUGCUUCAUGGCUUUGCUGUUGGUCCAGUACAUGACACACUCUACUACACGUGCAAUGAAGGUUACAAGCUGCCCAGUAAUGGGUGGUGGGGUGAAGCGAAAUGCUUUGAUGGUCUGUGGUCUGGACUGGAACAAUGCAUUGAAACAAAUAAGUGUGGGGAAACACCUUUGAUUGCAAAUGCAAAAAUCAAACACCAUAAGAAUCCAAAUGGACAUGAUGAGAGCCUCCAGAUUAUUUGCAACGAUGGAUACCAAAGCCAGAUUAACUACAUAUUGUGCGUGGGAGGAAAUUGGGAUUUGAAUGGAUUAUCCUCCAACACUAUCUGCACACUCAAUUCUGUGACGUGCAGUCCGCCUUCUAAGAUUGAGAAUGCCCUCAUUACAACUUCAUAUCAGAGAGAAUACAUGUAUGGCUCAAAGGUAACUUUCAAGUGCCGGGAGAACUAUAUGGUGGAAGGAAAAGAUACAAUCACAUGUCAAAAUGGCAAAUGGGACAUGGUGGACAUUAAGUGUAUACCAUACUGCUCUAAGCCCAAAAAUGUGGAAAGACUCAUGACCUUCACUGACAACAAAGAAAAAUACAUUAAUAAUGAGGUCAUUGAGUAUCGCUGUAUUCAACCAAGUGAAAAAACCGAUGGUUCUGCAACAUGUGUAAAUGGCACUUGGAGUCAACCAAUUCAAUGUGGAGCUUGUUUGACGCUCCCAGAUGUUCCUCAUGGCCAUGUCUCACUGACCACAAAGACAGAGUAUGAAGAAGGAGAUGUGAUACAGGUCACUUGUGAAACGGGUUACAUAUCAGGGCUCCCCAUCAGAUAUAAAUGUUCAGGUGACGGCUGGGCGACAGUCAAUCCAGGACAUUGCUUCUUGAAGCCAUGUCCACUUCCCGAAAACACUCCAAAUGGCUACUAUCAAAUUAUCCAGGGUGACGAUUUGGUUUUCGGGGCAACUAUAAAAUACUUUUGCAAUGUGGGCUAUCAAAUGAUAAGUCAAACUGAUACCAGGACGUGUUUGCUGGACAAAUGGACCAACCAUGUGCCAAUCUGUGAACCUAUGACAUGUGAGACACCACCUGCAGUGGGAGGGAUCACAAUUACAGGUUUACCACAAAAUGAAGAGGGCAUCCUUCCCGACCGCUUCCUAAAAUUCAGCUGUGAUGUUCCCGGGAAGCAACUGCAUGGCAGCUCAUUGCUCAUAUGCGGUCAAGAUGGACUUUGGGAUAAACCAUUCCCUUCAUGUGAAGACAUUGCUUGUAAAGUUGGAGAGAUACACCCUCGUCUCGAUGUAGAUGAACUGCCACCAGGCAAUCAAACAAUACGAAUUGGACACAAAUUAAGGUUUCGCUGCAGUAAUGGAUAUGCUUUGGAUGGUUCCGAAGAAAGCGAAUGCCUACCGACCGGAGAGUGGGAGAACCCCUUCCCGACUUGCACGGAACCAUGCCAAGUCAGAGACAUACCUGCUGGUGUACACUUGAGCACAAAACUACACAACACACAAGUACAACAAGGCCAAAAGUUGAAGUUUUCUUGCCGCUUGCGUGGACAUAUGAUUCGAGGGAAGGCAGAGGUUGAAUGUCUACCGAAUGGGCAAUGGAGCGAUCCUUUCCCAACAUGUGGAGCUCCUUUGGAAUGUGAGCGUCCACCUUAUCUUGCUGGUGGGGACACCAAGUAUUCCACCAAAUACACUUACAGACAUGACGAAAAGGUUGAGUAUAUUUGCCAGAAUUACUACGUAAUGGAAGGGCAACCUUACAAGACCUGCAAGAAUGGUCAGUGGAUUGGAGAGAUGAAAUGCCUCAAGCCCUGCACUGUGAAUAGAGAACUAAUGAGCACGCACAACAUUUUAUUCAGAUACACGCGUGAUGAUAAGUUGUACUCGGCUCAUGAUGAUGAAAUCGAGUUCAGGUGCGCCCAAAGAACAAGACAUGAUGGCGCACUCAGUAUGCGGCAGAAGUGCAUUGAUGGAGUAAUGGAACUGCCCACAUGCCAAUAGCCGUUUUUUUGUGUGUGGUAGUGGUGUGUUGAUGUAUGGGUUGCGGGGGGGAGAUAAAGGUCACAAACUUAAGUCAAUAAACAACACCGUAUGCAGUA